CGAACGUUACUGAACUGGUAAACAAUCGGCGCUGUCUGCUUUAAGUUCUGCGGGAGUGCAAGUCCUUUCCGAAUGUGGCUUUCAAGGUCGCCGUCGAUGGCAUCACUGCCCGUGGCGCAGCCGAUCUCCUGGCUUCCCACAGCGACCGACAAGAGUCUAUAUAACGGUGAGUUGCUGUUCCUAAGACGCAUGUCACACAGUAAUUCUGUACCUGUUUGAUACAAUCCUUCAAUAUGUUUUUGACAAGGAUUUUGGGCAUUGUUGCCUCAUUUAUUUAUUUUGCCAGGUCCUCAGUUGCAGAUCACAGCUGUCCCCCUGAUGGACCUCUACUUCCCCGCCCAAUGACUCUCGCCAGCCAGGCGGAGUUCAAGGCCGCUGGGACACAAUUAUCUCAUAUUCUAGACUCUGUCAUUAAUGACAAAAUUGAGGCUGGGUUCUCAGUUGAGAACACCUCCUUUUCGAUUUCAAUCACAACCCUUGAUGAUAGACAUGGGAACCCAGCGUGGCAGUACCACCACAGAGGAGCAAACAACGUGAAAGGAACCAAGAACGUCGACGGGGACACCCAGUAUCUGAUUGGGUCCAUCUCUAAGGUCUUCACCGAUCUUCUUUUGCUGAAAUCCGGCCUCAACCUCGACGAUCCUAUCACGAAAUACCUGCCAGAAUUGAUCAGCAACGAUUCUCUAAUCAACUGGAAGGACAUUAGCCUCCGGGCUUUGGGCGCACAUCUUGGUGGCAUCCAAGGGUUCUAUGGAUACCCUGAAAUGUCAUAUACAGUGCCGGAUUUCGAACAGCUGGGAUUCCCGAAGCUCUCAGAUGACGAUUUUCCACAGUGUGGCGUAUUGGGCAUGAGCAAGGGAUGCAACAAGAAGCAACUUCUUGCUGGCCUGAGGGAUACAGCUCCUGUCACAACACCCGGCCUUCGUCCUGCGUACUCAUCAAUAUCCUUUGUUCUUUUAUCAUAUGCCAUGGAAGCUGCCACUGGAAAGAAUUUCACCCAAUACUUAGGCGAGCAGGUCAUCAAACCAUUGCAUCUACCUGGCACGGGUGCAUCUCCCGGAAAUGAUAAGAAAGCUGCGAUACCCCCUAUUGAAAACUCAUGGGGAAGCGAUUACGGAGACAACGUUCCUGGCGGCGGUCUCUACUCCACAACCAACGACAUGUCUCAAUUUAUCAGGUCUAUUCUGACGCAUAAGAUUCUCUCCCAGACAGAAGUUAACACAUGGCUAAAGCCGCUGUCAACGACCCCGCAACUCAAUACCCUAGUGGGCAUGCCCUGGGAGAUUUAUCGAAGUAAUAUCCUUACCCCAGAUCAUCCACACACAGUCGAUGUAUAUUCCAAGCGCGGCAGUGCAAUGGGCUAUGAAGCUUAUAUGGGCAUCAUCGACCAAUAUGGACUUGGCUUCACUAUUCUCACCGCUGGUGGUUUCUCCGAGGCCGCAACAAACUUAGCAGACACUCUAAUUGCCAUCCUUCUGCCAGCCGCCGAAAAGGCUACACGUUCCGAAGCACAGGAAUAUGUAGGCAACUUCACCUCCAGCAAAGAGCACGAAUCAGCCAUUAUAACCACAAUGGACAAUGGACCAGGUCUGAUUCUCUCAAACCUCACAAGAAACGGCUCCAAUAUUGUAGGGGCAAUCAAGAGUCUCUGGGCCUCACAACCAGUCCCCCUUGGCGGGCUUUCAGAGACUCUGCGCCUCUAUCCCGCAGGCGUGUCUCGCAGCAUCCGCGUGACUGAAUGCGUUAAUGGCAAGGAGCAGACAAAGACACAGGUAGAAGAGGAGUGGCGCCUGCAGUUCGACAUAGUAUCCGGAAAUGAGGCUCCCGGAAAACUGCCCUCGACAUAUCUCGUCGCUGGUGCCUGUGGUACGUUCCAGACACCUGGGUUGCUAGUGUAUGGUGGCGAGGCGCUUGAUCGGAUUGUAUUUGUUAAAGAGCACGGUAAGGUUGUUGGUGUGAAAGUCCCAUCACUUCGUGUCGAGUUUGAUGUCCGCGAGUAGUGUCGUAUGUCAAAGCUGCUGAAUAUUUCAUCUGCCAUUAGAGAGAGGUGGUUGUAAAGGGGUUGUAGUAUCAUUCUCGGCAUUUUGGAAUAUAGGCUAUACAUUAAAGAGAGUGCAG